ACUGGAGACCCGGGUGGAACUAGAGAUACAUCAAUUUUAUCACGCGUACAUUGGACAUAUUGUCAAGAUUCAAUUGCUUGUUUUUUUAGUGUACCAUUCAAUAACUUUGUAUUGAUAUUAGAUAUGUUAUUUUAUCAUAUCUAAUCAAAUGAAUGUGUUCAAACGACUGUUAAUGCUGAUGACGACCGCCCAAAGGAGAGUUACUCAUCUGACACCCUGAUUUCAACAAAGAAAAGUUCAUACAACGUUUAAUUCGGAAAGUGAUUUCCGACGCUUGUCUUGUCUAGAAAUUUGUAUCUAUAGAAUGGCUAUCAACACGGAUGCCGCGUUUGGUAAAAGGGCCAUGGGGGAGAGGGAAGUCUCACAUCCCACCGACUUCCAAGACACAGAGAAACUCCUGAGCGCKGUGACCUCCGAACCCACCGGGGAAAGCAACCUCAAACCGUGUGACACAUCUCUCAACUUGAGAAGCAGCAUCCAUUCCCUGAAUACCGAGCAGAACGGACACCAAUCGCCAGUAAGGUCAGGCUCCGCGCCCGUGUCCCAGUCCCAGCUGAGCUUCGGACCCCCCCUCCUCCUCCGCCGCCGCUCCCCGGUGCCACCCGGUUCAGAGCCGCCGAGCUACCUGUGGCUUGCGGUGUUGUCGUGCUUUUGUCUUGCUGUGCCGGUGAACAUGUUCGCGCUGUGGUAUGCUCACAUGUCGCAGUCUGUUCUCCAGACCGGGGAUGUAGACGGAGCUAAGAGGCUGGGUCGUGUCUCUCUGCUGCUCAGCUGUAUCUCCAUGUUCCUGGGUGUGGCCGUCAUCAUCUUCAUAGUGGUCACGGUAGACAUCCUCAGAUUAAAAUAAAUGAGCAUUGAGUAGAGGUGGAACAAGCUUAAUACCAAAGAAAAACAACACUGAAAACAGAAGUCAUGAAUGAAUUCAAGGCAAACCAAAGAA